AUGGCCUCUCCGCCGCCGGCCGGCGCGGUGCCUCCCAUCUUCGACGACGAUACUGUCGCUGCUAACGUCCACCCAGACGACCACGACGAUCCUAUUGUGGGUGUGCAUUCUCUCUGUCUCUCUCUCUCUCUCUCUGUCUGUCUCUAUUGCAAGCGAAGCGAUAAGACCAACAACCCUCUACGAAAAUGGGCCCAGCAGGCGGUCGGGGCGAAAUGGUCGAAAUGGGCGGUCGUGCAGAGCAAGCAAAAGGAUCCGCUUCUUUUCAUCGCUUCUGGCGCACUGCCGCUCGCUUACCGGUACCAUUUCUCGGUGUGUCCCUCUGUCGCUUCGGUGUCUCCUUUUUCGCUUUUCGCGUUCGCCGACGACUCUGUUUGCUGGCCGGCUGCUCGCGUUUACGAGUUGCCCACUUCCAUAGCCACCGCCUUUUUUUUUUUUGCUGCUGUGGCGGACAUUGACGAGGACAGCGACUCUGCAAUCGAUGUGCCAUUCCGCGAAUCUCUGACCUCUCUCCGGUCCAGUAUCCUGGCCUAUCAGCAAGAAAAUGGCCGUACCUACCACGCCAUGAGUGCAGGAAUUCACCCACUCCAGGCCGAAAUCGAACGUCUGGAUCUUCAACACCAUGUUCUCACACUCACAAUCGAGGGCAACCACUGCCUGUGUCCUAAGAACACGGGUGCUCGGCGUGUCCUAGAUUUGGGCACCGGCACUGGCAUUUGGGCCAUGGAAUACGCCGAUGCUCACCCCGACGCCGAAGUCAUUGGUGUGGACUUGAGUCCAGUGCAGCCAGAAUUCGUUCCGCCAAACUGCUACUUUGAAAUCGACGAUCUCGAGAGGGAAUGGACCUGGGACCGUCCCUUUGACUUUAUCUUUGCCCGCAUGAUGGCCGGCUCCUUUACGGACAACGGCGCCGUCGUGCAAAAGGCCUACGAACACCUCGAGCCGGGCGGCUACUACGAGGCCCAGGACAUGGCCCUACCCCUCGGCUGCGACGACGGCACCCUUAAAAAGGACUCGGACCUCUGGAUCUGGAUGGGGCUCGUCAUCGAGUCCAUGGAGAAGCUCGGCCGCCCCGUGGUCUCCGCCCAGCAGUGGAAGCCCCUCAUGGAGCAGUGCGGCUUCGAGGACGUCACCCAGACCAUAUACAAGUGGCCCAUCAACCGCUGGCCGCGCGACAAGAAGUACAAGGACCUGGGCAUGUGGAGCCUCGCCAACAUGGACUCGGCCCUCGAGCCCAGCUCGCUCGCGCCGCUGACUCGUGCUCUCGGCUGGUCCCGCGAAGAGGUUCUUGUUCUUGUCAGCAAGGCCCGGAAAGUCCUGCGCGACACCAGCGUCCACGCCUACUGGCCAAUCUAUGUUGUCUACGGCCGCAAACCGCUCAACGCGCCUGCCGCUCAGCCCACCGACGCCACCGUAUCGCUCCCCGAGGCCAGCUCACCGCAACCGGAGCCCGAAGCCCUCCCCGCCUCCCUGCCCGCUAAGACGCUUGCAUCUGCGCCAGUACCUGCACCAGCACCUGUGGCUGCACCAGUCGUCCAGUCUGCUGCCGCACCGGCUGCUAUAGAGGCACCAGCCGCAGACGUGGUAGAAGCUGCACAAGUCGCAGAAGCGGUAGCACCAGCAGCAGCACUAGCACAAGCACCCGAAGCUGCAACUGCAACUGCAACUGCAACCGCUACGGCGACAGCUGCAGAACCCUCAGGCACUCCUGCAAAAGAGGAAGACGAAGCCGCACCCGCACCACAAGCAACAUCAUAA